GUUUAGGCAUGCCAACAUUAAAACUUAGGUUAUUUUGCCUAUAAAUAGGGUACUGGAAAAGCGAGCAGGCAACCAAGUUUGAAUGAUUAGAUAAAGGGAAACUCGCGCCCUAUUUAAGUUCACUGUACUAUUUUUUACCUCCCCGACAGAACAAACGCAACUCUCUGUUGCAAGAAGACUUACAACAAACAAGAGGAUUCGACUACAUUCAAACCCCCCAAAAAAUAGCGGGACAAGGUAUCAAAAUGGCAAUAAUCAUCUCUCCUCUUGAAGCAGCCGACAUGCGACGUAUCAUGGAAAUUGUCGAGCAUUCUUUGACCCGCACAAUGCAGCUGAUAUACGAGCUGCCCCUCACCGAAGAGUCACUCGAUGAAAUUGCAGCAUAUCGGGCUAGCAGAAUGAUACCAUCUCAAGAAACAUCAAGUGGGAAAGAAAACGCAGACGAAAAGAAUCCCCCUUCAAGCAAGAUAUUCGCAUUCAAGGCCGUGGACUCGGAAACUGGCGCCGUGGUCGGCACGUCGCGCUGGGAAAUUCAUUAUCAGGACGAAGAUGUGUCAAAAACUAUAGAAGAGCAGGCAAAAGAGCGCAUAACCCCACCAAUGCCACAGGCACGUAUUGAUGCUACGUAUGCGUUUGGGGCAAUGCUCGCGCGAGUUCAGCGGGAGACUCUUGCGAAGCCAGCGCUGGAGAAGGGAGCAGACCCGAAUUCUGUUAAAAAGAUGUACAAGAGGGUUUCACUUGAUCUCCUAGUUGUCGACAAGGAACACCAGGGAAAAGGCAUUGGAAAGGCAUUGCUGCAGUGGGGCUUAGACCAAGCAGACAGGUUAGGGCUGAUUGCAUAUUUGGAGGCAACACAGGAGGGAAGACCGCUAUACGAGAAAUAUGGCUUCGAGCCGGUCAAAGAGGAUAUUUUUCGUUUUAGCUCGCCUGAUUUUGAGGGUGAACUUGCCUAUACAAUCAUGAUUAGACAGCCGCGGCUGAAGAACUGAAGUAGUAAAUAGGGCCAUGUGGAAUAUAUAGAAUAAUUCUAAUAUGAUU